ACCAUCGGUACACCCCGCAAAGUGGCAACCCAGCAGAGCCGGCGUGAAAUUUGCAACCGCGUUUCAACGAAAAGUGACUUAAGUUACAUAAAAGGCUACCAUUUGAAAAUAAAACAAAUACUAAAGUAAUAUUGCAUCGCCCCUAUAAGUGUGACUAAGUGCAGUUAAAGGACCCUCUGCCAAUUGACGCUUUAAUUGCAAAUUUGAGUAUUCUGCAUUGCGACCUGUGGUCGUUGUGUGUAUAACAAAAUGGCGUCCUCAAACAAAUCGGGGUCUGGCUGGCCGCGCCGUUCUAGCCAAGGCCAAGCAGAUGCCACCAGCAAUAAUGGAACGCAAAAAUAUGCACCGAAUCAAGCGUUGACCAUAAAUAGAACAAUUAAUCUCUAUCCCCUAACAAACUACACAUUCGGCACUAAAGAACCCCUCUUUGAAAAGGAUCCAUCCGUUCCGUCCCGCUUUCAACGCAUGCGUGAGGAAUUCGAUCGCAUUGGAAUGCGUCGCUCCGUCGAGGGCGUUCUGCUCGUGCACGAGCAUGGACUACCACACGUGCUGCUUCUUCAGUUGGGAACCACGUUUUUUAAGCUGCCAGGUGGUGAACUAAAUGCUGGCGAGGAUGAAGUGGAGGGUUUGAAACGCUUGCUCUCAGAGACGCUGGGUCGUCAGGAUGGCGUUAAGCAGGACUGGAUUGUCGAGGAUACCAUUGGCAAUUGGUGGCGACCUAACUUUGAGCCACCACAAUACCCCUACAUUCCACCACACAUAACUAAACCGAAGGAACACAAACGACUCUUUUUGGUGCAACUUCACGAAAAGGAUACGGACAGGAACGCCAGUUACGAUGUACCCUGAGCUGUUCCAAAUAGCGCCGUGUGUGUAUCGUGCGUUCAAUCGUGUAAUCAAUCACGCAACAACAAGCAUCGCGUUUUAAACGCUCUACUCUCAAGAGUGCAAUCCAUAGACCAACCAAACGAAACUCAAUCAAAAUGAGACAGAAUGAGACAGAUCGAAAGAAAGAAAGAUCGAAUAUUGAACGGCGCAAAAACUUCCUAUAAUAUACAUACAUAUGUCCUGUAUUCUGUAUAUUUGACUAUCUCUUAGUUCCUCGAUUCUAGUUCAAAUUGUACUAAAUAACUUCAUUGUUGUUGUAUGUAUUUACAUUUGCUCAGAGCUGUUGGCAUAUUUUGAUCGUUUGUUCAGUAGUUCGACUGUUUUGCUAUGCGCGCAAUUCCAAAUUGUAAUAACUUUGUAAAUAUGUCGACAGCUAUUCGUUAUAUUUCUUUUUUUUUCAUCGAGAUGUGUGAUGUUUGUUGUCUCGACCUAAGGCGACUGCAAUAUGAAUGAAAAUAUGUUGAAAGCGUUUAAGAGAUUAGGGCAGCAGAUCAUUUUGUAAUUACUGUCGGUCAUGUGCACAAAUUUUUCUGUAAUUUAUUCCCCUUAAAGAAACAAAAUUUGUGAGCAUGCAGGGCAGUCAGACAGGUAGGCAGGCAAUACAUAUGUAUAAGCACAGAAAUGUUUAUGUAAAAAACAAAAAACCAAUACGAAAGUAAAUGAAAAAUCUCUAGCUUCUUGGCUCGUUUCGAACUGUGCACUGAACUCGCAAUUUUAGUUCAGCGCACAAAAAUUCGCACACACUUACUACACACACACACACAACCACACACCAUGUAAUGUUUUUUCUCUAUAUAAAAAUUUAUGUUCAUAAUACUUAUCACAAUUAGUAGACUUCGUUUGAUAUGCAACAUCCAUAUGCCAUGAUAUUCCACUUGAAAUUCACAAAUAUACCUGUAUUUAGAUAAAUGAAUGUGAUUGUAAUUGAUUUUAUAGAGUUUGCAUAUCAAAACGAAUCCUAGUAAUUAGUCUAAACCAACCAAACAACCUGUGAGAGAACUGUGUAUGUAAAAUGAAAUGAUAAUGCAACAUUUGUAUAAUAUCUCGUACAAAUAUUUGAAGCGAAACGUUUUUUUGUAUAAAUUGUAUAACCAAUUGUAAUGCCAAUUAUAUAGUAUCUAUAUAUGCAAAUAA